GGCGCACGCUCUCUUUCCUUUCCUCAAACACCUUUCGUGCUACUAAGCUCGGACCAUCCAACAUGAGGGAGACCAUGAGUCCAUGACAUUCCUCAUCGGCGUCCCCGUGCCAGCCAUGCCAGUGGCGAUGGAUCGCAUGCUCCUCCUCGUAAUCUUCCUCCUCCUCUUGUCGACUUGCACGACGACGAUCGUGUCCGCGGGAACCGGCGACGACGCGGGGGCGCUCCUCCGCUUCAAGGCGUCCGUCCGAAAGGACCCUAGGGGCGUGCUCUCGUCUUGGCAAUGGCAGCAGCGGCAGCAGCAAGGGUCGCCCGGCGGUGGUGGUAGUGGUAAUGGCACGUGGUGCAGGUGGUACGGGGUGACGUGCGACGGCGAGGGCCGGGUGGAGCGGCUCGACCUCGCCGGCUGCGGCCUCUCCGGGCGCGCUUCGUUUGCAGCGCUCGCUUCCAUAGACACGCUGCGCCACCUCAACCUCUCCGGCAACGCCCAGCUCCGCGCCGACGCCGCUGGGGACAUUCACGUGCUCCCCCGCGCGCUACGGACGCUCGACCUGUCUGACGGCGGCCUCGCCGGCAGUCUCCCCGCCGACAUGCAGCUGGCGUACUACUACCCCAACCUCACCGACGUCCGCCUCGCACGGAACAACCUCACCGGCGCUCUCCCUCUUAAUCUAAUGUCUCCGCCGAGCACGAUCCAGGUGUUCGACGUCGCCGGGAACAACAUGUCCGGGGACGUCUCCGGCGCGUCGUUCCCCGACACGCUCGUCCUGCUCGACCUCUCCGCCAACCGCUUCACCGGCACGAUCCCGCCGUCCUUCUCUGGCUGCGCCGGCCUCAAGACGCUCAACGUAUCCUACAACGCCCUCGCCGGCGCGAUCCCGGAGUCGAUCGGCGACGUCGCUGGCCUCGAGGUGCUCGACGUUUCGGGGAACCGCCUCACCGGCGCCAUCCCACGCAGCCUCGCCGCGUGCUCGUCGCUGCGGAUCCUCAGAGUCUCGAGCAACAACAUCUCCGGCUCUAUCCCGGAGUCCCUGUCGUCGUGCCGCGCGCUCCAGCUGCUCGACGCGGCCAACAACAACAUCUCCGGCGCGAUCCCGGCCGCGGUGCUCGGGAACCUCACCAAGUUGGAGAUCCUGCUUCUCAGCAACAACUUCAUCUCGGGAUCGCUCCCGAGCACCAUCUCUGCCUGCAACAGCCUCAGGGUCGCCGACUUCAGCAGCAACAAGAUCGCCGGCGCGCUGCCCGCCGAGCUCUGCACGCCCGGCGCGUCGCUGGAGGAGCUCCGGAUGCCGGACAACCUCCUCACCGGCGCGAUCCCUCCCGGGCUGGCCAACUGCUCGCGCCUGCGGGUGAUCGACUUCAGCAUCAACUACCUGCGCGGCGCCAUCCCGCCGGAGCUCGGCAUGCUCCGUGCCCUGGAGCAGCUCGUGACGUGGCUCAACCAGCUAGAAGGCCAGAUCCCCGCGGAGCUCGGGCAAUGCCGGAGCCUCCGCACGCUCAUCCUCAACAACAACUUCAUCGGCGGCGACAUCCCCGUCGAGCUCUUCAACUGCACCGGCCUCGAGUGGAUCUCGCUCACGAGCAACCGGAUCAGCGGCACGAUCAGGCCGGAGUUCGGCCGGCUGUCCCGGCUCGCCGUGCUGCAGCUGGCGAACAAUAGCCUCGUGGGCGACAUCCCCAAGGAGCUCGGCAACUGCAGCAGCCUGAUGUGGCUGGACCUCAACAGCAACAGGCUCACCGGCGUGAUCCCGCACCGCCUCGGCCGGCAGCUCGGGGCGACGCCGCUGAGCGGCAUCCUGUCCGGCAACACGCUGGCGUUCGUCCGCAACGCUGGGAACGCGUGCAAGGGCGUGGGUGGGCUGCUGGAGUUCGCCGGCAUCCGGCCGGAGCGGCUGCUGCAGGUGCCCACCCUCAGGAGCUGCGACUUCACGCGGCUCUACUCCGGCGCGGCGGUGAGCGGGUGGACGCGGUACCAGACGCUGGAGUACCUGGACCUCUCGUACAACAGCCUCGUCGGCGCCAUCCCGGAGGAGCUGGGCGACAUGGUGCUGCUCCAGGUGCUCGACCUGGCGAGGAACAACCUCAGCGGCGAGAUCCCGGCGUCGCUCGGCCGCCUCCACGACCUCGGCGUGUUCGACGUGUCGCACAACCGGCUGCAGGGCAGCAUCCCGGACUCCUUCUCCAACCUCUCCUUCCUCGUGCAGAUCGACGUCUCCGACAACGACCUCGCAGGCGAGAUCCCGCAGCGCGGGCAGCUCAGCACGCUGCCGGCGAGCCAGUACGCCGACAACCCUGGCCUCUGCGGCAUGCCGCUGGUGCCGUGCAGCGACCGGCUGCCGAGGGCGAGCGUCGCGGCCUCCUCCGGCGCUGCAGCUGAAAGUACAAACGCCAGGUGGCCUCUGCCGAGGGCGGCGUGGGCGAACGCCGUGCUCCUGGCCGUGAUGGUCACCGCCGGGCUGGCGUGCGCAGUGUCGAUCUGGGCGGUGGCGGUGCGCGUGCGGCGGCGGGAGGUGCGGGAGGCGCGGAUGCUGAGCAGCCUGCAGGACGGGACGCGGACGGCGACGACGUGGAAGCUGGGCAAGGCGGAGAAGGAGGCGCUGAGCAUCAACGUGGCCACCUUCCAGCGGCAGCUCCGGAAGCUCACCUUCACGCAGCUGAUCGAGGCCACCAACGGCUUCUCGGCGGCCAGCCUGAUCGGCUCCGGCGGGUUCGGCGAGGUGUUCAAGGCGACGCUCAAGGACGGCUCCACGGUCGCCAUCAAGAAGCUGAUCCCGCUGAGCCACCAGGGCGACCGCGAGUUCAUGGCGGAGAUGGAGACGCUGGGCAAGAUCAAGCACCGGAACCUCGUGCCCCUGCUCGGCUACUGCAAGAUCGGCGAGGAGCGGCUCCUCGUCUACGAGUACAUGACCCACGGCAGCCUGGAGGACAUGCUCCACCUCCCGGCCGACGGCGCGCCGGCGCUGACGUGGGAGAAGAGGAAGACGGUGGCGCGCGGGGCGGCCAAGGGGCUCUGCUUCCUGCACCACAACUGCAUCCCGCACAUCAUCCACCGCGACAUGAAGUCCAGCAACGUGCUCCUCGACGGCAUGAUGGAGGCCCGCGUCGCCGACUUCGGCAUGGCCAGGCUCAUCAGCGCGCUCGACACGCACCUCAGCGUCAGCACCCUCGCUGGGACCCCCGGGUACGUGCCGCCGGAGUACUACCAGAGCUUCCGGUGCACCGCCAAGGGCGACGUCUACUCCCUCGGCGUGGUGCUGCUGGAGCUGCUCACCGGGCGGCGGCCCACCGACAAGGAGGACUUCGGGGACACCAACCUCGUCGGCUGGGUCAAGAUGAAGGUCAGGGAGGGCGCCGGCAAGGAGGUCGUGGACCCGGAGCUCGUCGCGGCCGCGGCCGGCGACGACGAGACGGAGAUGAUGAGGUUCCUGGAGAUGGCGCUGCAGUGCGUGGACGACUUCCCGUCGAAGAGGCCCAACAUGCUGCACGUGGUCGCCGUGCUCAGAGAGAUCGACGCGCCGUCGUCGCAGCCUCCAUUACCGGCGGCAGGCGCGUGCAAUGGGCAUGGCCACGACGCGUAGCGACGAGGCCUCCAUGGUUUUUUGUGUUGUAAUUGCUGCUUGUAUGUGUUGCAGUAUGGUGUAUACAAUUGUUGUACGUACGUAGCGUUUUGCCUUGUGUUGGACUAAUAAUAAAGCAGUGUGUUGCUGUUGCAUAUAGACACCUGUUGCGUCAUGUUUUGUCCCCUGAAUUCUGAAGAAAAACCCAAACCUUUGCAAGACAAAUUUUAAUCGGUUGCUA